AUGUUCGGGGGGACUCCAAUAAGGAAUGAUGCGACUUCGGUUAUUUUGGUGUUUGAUUUUAUUACAAACAAAAUAUAAACUAACAGUAUACGUUAAUGUCACUCCCGCUAACUGUCAUCAGCAAGGUCGUCAUCGGCCAUGUUUACACCGUAGGUAGUCAUGUGCUCAGACAGACCACCAUAGUUCUGUGUUUGUUUACACCGUGUAUGAGACCACUUAAAUAAGAAGGAAGAAGAAUCUGGUAUCGCCUUUGUUGACCAUAAAUUACCAAAUAUCCAUUCUUUAUCGUUAGUGACGUCACAAACGCUGAUCGUCGUUUUAAAGGAGAAAUAGCAUUUUGACAUCUUCCCUAUUCAAGUCAUCAAUGUUUUGGUAUGCG